CCCUCGCGUCAUGUUCGGCGCCGGCGCACAGCCGGAGGGAGGCGGGAACGCUUGGAGGCCACGGCGGUCGGCUGAGCGAGGCAAACUUCGGCGGCGCUGUCGGAGAUUAUCGACUCUCGAUGGCGCCCCCAGCGACUUAGAAGCCCGCGCCGCGGCGAGCCGCUGAGUGUAGUCCUUCUGCGGUGUCCGACCCAGAGACUUCUGAGUGCUUAGGUCACGAUGGUGCCACCAGCCAGGCUGUCCUGCCGGGAGGAUCUUGAAUUCUGUCCUAACUGGCAUAAAGUUACUGAAGUUAACUUCAGUUUAUGGAAUCUUCAAAGAAGUAUAGCAUAUCAGUGCCUUCAAAUCUUAAAAAUAAAGGAAAAUAUUCUACCUCUGUGUGCUUCAAGACGGGCUUCAACUUCUGUCGUACCUCAAAUUACUACUCACUAUACUGUGUAUCCCCGGGACAAGGACAAACGAUGGGAAGGAGUGAACAUGGAGAGAUUUGCAGAAGAAGCGGACGUGGUGAUCGUGGGUGCAGGCCCUGCGGGGCUCUCUGCCGCUGUUCGGCUAAAGCAGUUAGCUGCGGAGCACAACAAGGAUAUCCGCGUGUGCCUGGUGGAGAAAGCUGCUCAGAUCGGGGCUCACACGCUCUCGGGGGCUUGCCUCGAUCCGGGGGCUUUCCAAGAGCUCUUCCCAGACUGGAAGGAGAAGGGGGCUCCACUUCACACUCCUGUAACAGAAGACAGAUUUGGAAUUUUAACAAGGAAACAUAGAAUUCCUGUGCCAAUUCUUCCAGGUCUUCCGAUGAACAAUCAUGGCAAUUACAUUGUUCGCCUGGGACAUUUGGUGAGCUGGAUGGGUGAGCAGGCAGAGGCCCUUGGUGUCGAAGUCUACCCUGGCUAUGCUGCUGCCGAGGUCCUUUACCAUGAAGAUGGUAGUGUAAAAGGAAUUGCCACUAACGAUGUAGGAAUACAGAAAGACGGUGCCCCGAAGACGACAUUCGAGAGGGGGUUGGAACUGCACGCCAGAGUCACGGUCUUUGCGGAGGGUUGCCAUGGACACCUGGCCAAGCAGCUGUACAAGAAGUUUGAUUUGCGGGCUGAUUGCCAACCCCAGACCUAUGGGAUUGGGCUGAAGGAGCUGUGGCUCAUAGAUGAGAAGAAGUGGCGGCCUGGGCGGGUGGACCACACUGUGGGCUGGCCCCUGGACAGACACACCUAUGGCGGCUCCUUCCUCUACCACCUGAACGAGGGCGAGCCCCUCGUGGCCCUGGGAUUUGUGGUGGGCCUGGACUACCAGAACCCGUUCCUGAGUCCCUUCAGAGAGUUCCAGAGGUGGAAGCACCACCCCAGUGUCGCGCCCACCCUGGAGGGUGGCAAGCGGAUCGCGUAUGGGGCCAGGGCCCUCAACGAAGGUGGCUUACAGUCCAUCCCCAAACUCACCUUUCCUGGCGGUUUGCUGAUCGGCUGUAGCCCUGGCUUCAUGAACGUUCCCAAGAUCAAAGGCACGCACACAGCAAUGAAAAGUGGGAGCUUGGCAGCAGAAUCCAUUUUUAAUCAACUGACUGAUGAAAAUCUCCAGUCACGGACAGUAGGACUGCAUGUAACUGAGUAUGAGGACAAUUUAAAGAAAUCUUGGGUGUGGAAAGAGCUGUAUUCUGUGAGAAACAUAAGACCAUCCUGCCAUGGAGUCCUGGGUGUGUAUGGAGGGAUGAUUUACACAGGAGUAUUUUACUGGAUUCUGCGAGGACUGGAGCCGUGGACUCUGCGACAUAAAGGUUCUGACUCCGACCAGCUCAGACCAGCCAAGGACUGCACGCCGAUCGAGUAUCCCAAGCCCGAUGGCAAAAUCAGUUUUGACCUCUUGUCGUCCGUGGCUCUGAGUGGCACCAACCACGACCACGACCAGCCAGCACACCUGACACUGAGGGACGACAGUGUGCCUGUGAGCAGGAACCUGGCGGUGUACGACGGCCCCGAGCAGCGCUUCUGCCCAGCGGGAGUUUAUGAAUUUGUACCCUUGGAACAAGGAGAUGGAUUUCGGCUCCAGAUAAAUGCCCAGAACUGUGUGCACUGCAAAACAUGUGACAUUAAGGAUCCAAGCCAGAAUAUUAACUGGGUGGUGCCUGAAGGGGGAGGAGGACCUGCUUACAACGGAAUGUGAGCCGCAGCUGGCUCCGCUGGCAGGCACGUUGCAUACUUGUGUUCUUCAGGAUGCAGAUGUGUGGCAACUAACUUUAAAACGUCUUGGCCAGGCUUAGUGCUGCACGCCUGUAAUCCCAGCACCCGGGGGGCUGAGGCAGGAGUACUGCUGAGUGUUU